CCCUUAGCGAUCAGCUGACUCGGCUUGGCUACUUACGGGGGAGAGGAACUCAACAAAGAAAACCGCUAUGGCGGCCGAGAUUCAUUCAAGGCCACAGAGCUCCAGGCCUAUUCUCUUGAACAAAAUCGAAGGACACCAAGAUUCAGUGACUGCCGCGAUCUUAAUACCGAAAGAGGACGGAGUCAUCACGGUCAGCGAGGACAGGACUAUUCGAGUAUGGCUGAAAAGAGACAGUGGACAGUACUGGCCCAGCAUUUACCAUACUGUGUCCUCUCCGUGUUCAUGUAUGGCUUACCAUCAAGAUAGCAGGCGGAUCUUCAUAGGACAGGACAAUGGCUCUAUUGUGGAGUUUCUUAUUUCUGAAGAUUUCAACAAGAUGAACCAUGUGAAAACCUACCCAGCUCAUCAGGGUCAUGUGUCAGACAUGGUGUUCUCCUUGCUGAGUCAGUGGGUGGUGAGUACAGGGUAUGAUAAGAGUGUCAGCUGGAUGUGCACCCAGAGUGGCUCCAUGCUGGGAUGCCACUACUUCAGCUCCUGGGCUUCAUGCCUUCAAUAUGAUGAUGAUACCCAGCAUGUAUUUGUUGGUGACUACUCAGGACAAAUCACUUUACUGAAAUUGGAAAGACAGACAUAUUCGACCAUAACUACUUUGAAGGGACACGAAGGAAGUAUAGGAGCUCUGUGGUGGGACCCAGUGAAAAGAUGGCUGUUCUCUGGUGCAUCUGAUCACAGUAUAAUCAUGUGGGACAUUGGUGGGGGAAAGGGCCGCACACUACUACUGCAGGGACAUCGUGAAAAGGUGCAGGCUUUGCAGUAUCUGCAGCUGUCGAAGCAAUUGGUCUCCUGCUCUGCUGAUGGGGCUAUUGCAGUGUGGAACAUGGAUGUACCACGAGAGGAGGCUCCACAGUGGUUGGAUAGUGACUCAUGUCAGAAGUGUGAACAGCCAUUUUUUUGGAACAUUAAACAAAUGUGGGACACUAAGACUCUGGGUCUCCGACAGCACCAUUGCAGGAAAUGCGGUCAGGCAAUUUGUGGGAAGUGUAGCUCUAAACAUUCAACCUACCCCAUCAUGGGCUUUGAGUUCCAGGUGCGAAUGUGUGAUGACUGCUACAACACAAUCAAAGAAGAAGACCGAAUACCUAUGGCUAUGUUCCAUGAAGGGAAGCAUAACAUCUGUCACAUGGACAUGGACAUUUCUAGGGGCCUUAUGGUCACCUGUGGGAGUGACCGUAUUGUUAAGAUAUGGGACAUGAUCCAAGUGGUUGGCUCGAACGUUUCAACAGCCUCUCACUGAGUGACUGAAACACUUCAACCAUGCUUUCUACCCACAGAAGCCCGUUACAGGAACUCUCCACUUAUGAAUCCACAAACUUGGCCUAAUCCCUGUCAUUAUAGUUCUGUAUGAAUGUGUAAUUGGUGUCAUUUUUAUCAUCAGUCAUAACCAAAAUUGUCUGAAUUGUAAUUAUUCCUCAUAUGUGUUCUCUCUCUCGCUCGCUCCUUGCCUUAUUCAACUCAGGUGAAGAGUUCUAUUCAGACUCUAUUAACAGUGACCCAUAAAAUUCAUUGCAGUCAAUGACCCAUUAUGUUGUUGUGGAAAAUUUCUCUAGUAGACAACAGCAAAGUGUAUAUGUAUGGCACAUCCUAUCCUUUUCAUAGGUUAAGGAUCAGAGUUAUGUUUGACAGAAGUUAAAUGUAAGAUUUGGCUGAAAGUUUUAUCAUUUAAUAGGGAAUAUUCUCUGGAAUAAGACAAUACCAAUGGGUUGAAUUUUUGUACACUAGCAUCUUACAGUGACUGGCAACCAUGAUGGGAAUAACUGUUAAAGCAUGGUUUCUGAAGGGUGUGUGUGUGUGUGUGUGUGUGUGUCAGUACUACUUGGAUAUUCUACAAUGUUAUUAUUUUAACUGUUGACCACAGUAUAUUUGACUAACCGAGGGUUUGCCACAAGAUGUAAACCACUGGUAAGCCUCAAAAACAGGAAGACCAUAUUAGUUUGGCCAAAACAUUAGAAAGCCUGGAGAGUUCUGGAACAUCAUAUGGACAGAAGAGAAAAAGAUAUCACUUUAGUACCAUCAAAGUUUAAGAAGAGAACAGUAUAGAGAAGGAAAGGAACUGCUUAUGAGCCAAAGCAAAUCAUCUGAUGGUGUGGGCAUUUAUGGCUGCCAACGAAACUGGUUCCCUUUUCUGUGGCAAAGAAGUGGAAUGUUCACACUGCAGUAUCAACCAUCUAACCUGAAUCCAACUGAGCAUCCAUUUGAGUGUGUAUAUAUAGUACCAGUCAAAAGUUUGGAGACACCUUCUAAUUCAGUGGUAUUUUUAUUAAUUAAAAGACACUUCAUGUCUUAAAGUAAUGAUGAACUCUCAUUUAUCAUUACUUAGUUGAACAGUUCUUGACAUAAUAUGGAUUACUACAGUUGUCGAAUAGGGCCAUUUGCUGUAUUUUUGUUAUUUACUCUUUGAUGGUCUCAUGCAUUAAGAAGGCAAGAAAUUCCACUAACUUUUGACGAGGUACACCUGUUAAUUGAAAUGCAUUCCAGGUGACAAUGUCAUGAAGCUAGUUAAGAUAAUGUGAAUAGUGUGCAAGGUAUACAGUCGCUACUUUGAAGAAUCUCAUCUCAUUAUCUCUAGCCGCUUUAUCCUGUUCUACAGGGUUGCAGGCAAGCUAGAGCCUAUCCCAGCUGACUACGGGCGAAAGGCAGGGUACACCCUGGACAAGUCGCCAGGUUUUGAAGAAUCUAAAAUAUGAAAUACUUUUUGGGGUUUUUUGCCACAUAAUACCCAAUUUAAAAAAAAUCUUUCAUUGUUUAGAUAUCUUCAGUACUGGUCUACAAUGUAGAAAAUGGUCAAAAUACAGACAAUAUUUAACAGUUAUUCCACAAAAUCGAGUUGUAUAUGACCUGAUGGCCAAUGAGGCACGUAGUGCCAAGUUGGCUAUAAGCCAUGUAUGACGAGAUUUGAGUGGAAUAACUGUUUUAUUAUAUCCACAUUCACUGGAUUUUGAGAAAUGGAACAUUUUAAUUUUUAUUUUUUUUGCAACUUCGACAAGUUCAUGAAAUGACAGUAGCAAUUUGUGAAAAAUGCUAUAAUAAUUCUUGAAUAAACAAGAUAUGUUCUUACUAUCAAAUACUUUUAUUCCAUAUUUUAUUGCUUUUUUAUUUUGGGGGGUUUUGUUUUCGAGUAGUUAUUUCGUCCUCGGUUCAGCAACACACACUGCCAUUUUGUUUUUCUCUACUCACGGUAUAUGAGCUGAUACCCUAGAAGUAGAGUAGCCAAUCAGAGCACGCAUUUGCUCAUAUCCAGUGGAUGUGGAUUGAAUAGGGGGGAUAAGUAAAUGGAUGCUCAAUUGGAUUCAGGUCAGAUGGUUGACAUUGCACUGUGAACAUUCCACUUCUUUUCCAAAGAUAAGGGAACCAGUUCCUUUGGCAGCCAUACAUGCCCACAUCAGAUGAUGAUAGACACACAUGCACCAAUCUGCUGUAACAUUAAAAUCACCUGCCUAAUAUUGUAUAGGUCCCCCUUGUGCUGCUAAUCCGCUGAGGCAUGGACUCCACAAGACCUCUGAUGGUGUGCUGUGGUAUCUGGCCCCAAGAAAUUAACAGCAGAUCCUUUAAGGCCUGUUGAAGUUGUGAGAUGGGGCCUACAUGGAUCAGACUUGUUUGUCCAGCACCUCCCACAGAUGCUUGAUCAGAUUGAAAUCUGUGGAAUUUGGAGCCCAAGUCAACACCUCAAACACAUGCAUCAAUGACUUGACCAUUUUUAGUAGGUACUAACCACAGUAUACUGGGAAUACCCUACAGAUUUUGGAGUUGCUAUGACCCAGUUGUCUAGCCAUUGCAAUUUGGCCCUUGUUAAAGUCGCUCUGAUCUUUACGCUUGCCCAUUUUUCCUGAAUAGACUGUUCACUUGCUGCCCAAUACAUCCCAUCCCCUAACAGUGCCAUUGUAAUGAGAUGAUCAAUGUUAUUCCCUUCACCUCUCAGUGAGUUAAAUGUUGUGGCUGAUCGGUGUACAUAUACUGUAUGGUUGUGUGUGUUUUAUAUAUACACACACAAUAAGUAAUUUGUCCCAGAUAUUUAUGGACCUGACUGUAUGGCAUUAACACGAAAAUGUGUAAAACUGAAGAAGCCUCUACACUUGUGGGACAAAGACAUUACUGAGGUCGGGCACUGAGGGAGGUGGGGAGAAGGACUGGUGAACAGUCAGCAUUCCAAUUCAUCUAAAAGUGUUCAUUGGAGCGGAGCCAUUUGCAGGCCAUUCAUAUUUUCUUUUGUACCAACUUUGGCAAAUCUGCAGCUGUCCAGAUGUCGUGGGGUUUUUUUGUUUGUUUGUUUUCCCCAAGUUUUAUAUCAUCUUUUUUAGCCAUUGUUUGUUAAAAUGCCAGGAGUAGUUUCUGAAAUUCUCAAAUCAGCCUGUGUAGCGCCAACAACUACAUCAUGGUCAAAGUCUGAGCUCAAACCUAAGCUCGUAACCUGUAUCUGAAUGAUUUUAUGCAUUGCAGUGCUGCCAAAUUAUUGGCUGAUAAUUGCAUGAAUGAUGUACAAGUGCUCCUAAUAAACUGGCCAGUCAGUG